AUGGGCGGCGGUAACGGAGCCAAGGCAGCGCAAAAGCGCGCCCGGAACGAGAAGAAGGCCGCACCGAAGGCCGCCUCCCAGUUGAAGGCCAACGUCGCCGCCAUGAACAUCAUCUGCGCCGUGUGCAAGCAGACCUUUCUCUCGACUUCCCGCGAACCACAGCUUACACUGCACGCCGUCAACAAGCACAACUCGACACUGCCGCAAUGCUUCCCUCACUUUAAGGCUGCCGACGCCAAAUGA